GGAUAAGUGGCUGAGUUUCUGAGGACAACCAGCUCUGAACUCGCAGUUUCGCCGUUUAAAGUCCGCGCAUCACCCUAUCUGCAAUAUUAUGUCAUCAUAAGGCAGUAUUCAGAUUCCUUCGCAGGGUAGCUCGACUGAGGUAUCAUUUUAGCAUUUAUAAUAAGCGGUCCGACAACGAACGACGUUUAUUUAAUAUAAGGUUUUUCUAAAUGCACAGUAUAACAUGUAUUUAACAGCAUCACGAAUGCAGUAGGCUAUGCUGUAGUCCGGGUACCGCUUCUAGUCACUUCCUUGUCCUGCGGAGAGCAGAAAGCAGUGACGUCGGCGGACCGGUCUGCAAGGUGGCUCUAAAAGACCGCAGAGAGGAACCCGAGGAGAACCCGGAGAAACGACCCACGCCGGCGUGCGCACACAGACCAGACACUUCAUCUGUUCGGCUCGACGUGUCACGCGCGCUGAAUCCUAAAAAAUGUUUUGCUGUGGACCACGACGAUAGGCUGGCGGUUACCAAGCGACGCUAGACCGGGAGAACAGCCGUUCCCAGCUGCCCCACGGUCUAUGUGUCCGUGUCCGUGUGCGGUGCACCGGUGACCAUGUCCUUGGUGAAGAAGAGUGAAGAGGAUCAGCGAUGGCUGCCAACGCACGUGCAGGUAACUGUGCUACGGGCCCGAGGGCUGCGCGCGAAGGGAAAACACGGUACCAGCGACGUUUACACCAUCAUCCAGCUGGGCAAAGAGAAAUAUUCCACGUGCUUAAUGGAGAAGACCACGGACCCGGAAUGGGGCGAGGAAUGCGCGUUCGAGCUGCAGCCGGGGAUCCUGGAGGAGGGAGGGCGAGACGCGUACCCACCCGGUAGUGGCGACCUGACUCUCACCGUGAUGCACAGAGCUCUCAUAGGACUGGAUGUGUUUCUGGGCCAGGCUGUUAUACCUCUGGACGAAGCCUUUCACCAGCGGAAAAGCAUGAAAAAUGAGUGGCACCGGCUGCAUUCUAAAACUGGUAAAAAGGAGAAAGAACGAGGGGAGCUUCAGCUGACCGUACAGUUCACUCGGCACAACCUGACGGCCAGCAUGUACGACCUUUCCAUGAAGGACAAACCUCGUUCUGCUUUUGACAAGCUCAGAGAACGCAUGAGAGCUAAGAAGAGCCGUGAUGAAGAAGAGUCCUCUUCUGCUAUCGUCCCUGGAGGAUACGGAGCACUGGCACGCAUGCGGGGGCGGCUGCCGAGCGAUGGGGGCGGUGAGGAAGAGUACGAGGAUGAUGAAGGCGGGGAGGUCCGCAGGAGUAAGAUGAGAAGUUUUUUUCUGCGUGGGAAGUUGAGGAAGUCUUCAGACACGCGUUCAAGCACGUCACUGGGCUCCGAGAGCAGCGAGUCUUCAUCGCGGGGCGGCAGCCUCAGCCCGACGGCAGGUAUCAGCGUGGUGGUCUCAGAUCUGUCCAACUCUCCGAGUAACAGCAGCAAUCUGACUGCAGACAACAGUCCUGAGCACACAGUGGCUCCCUCACCACAGGUUUCUCCUGUCAGACAUGUGAUGUACGACAUCAGCUUACCAGUGCCUCAUUCUCUGGCAUCAGAGUACGACACCACUAUUCUGCUUCCUUCGGUGUGUGUGAAUGGGAAUCCGGUGGAAACAUCUCCUCUCACUCACCACCCACCAUCACUCGUAUUACAGCAACCUCAGCCAGAGACAGCCAAACCAAUAACUCAAAAGUCAGGUCAACCACAGGCAGCCACGCUUCCAGCUAAGCCUCAGAAAACCGAUGCAACUCAACCGAAAUCCCAAGAGACACAGCCAACCAAGUCCAAGCCAAGGCCCGAGCCCCUGCUUCCAGCCCUCGGGGUGCUUCAGAAGGGCUCCUCUCUCUCCCUCUCCCUGCAGAACCUCUCUCGCCGUGGGGAAGACAAGCAGAGCGGCGGCCCUGUGGAUGGCCGUCGCUGGUCCUUUGAUAAACCUGGAGAGGAAGAAAAAGCCGCCAUUGUAGCAGCAUUAGAGCAAGCUGGAAGAGUUACAGAUGAGGUGGAGAUGGAAACAGUGAUACCUGCUGGAGAGACACAGAGCAAGAAAAGGAAAGGCCUGUUCUCACAUGGGAAAGGACCAAUUGCAAGCAAAGGGGAAGGAGAACAAGCUCAACCACAUGUAGAAGUCAAACAUAAAGGAUGGUUCAGCUCCAAGGACUCACACAGUAAACCCAGCUCAACCCACUCACAGUGUGGCAGUACUGCCACCCUAGAUUUGCUAAGGACUGGAAACGAAAAAGGACCUUCCCAAAAGGAUAUCCCAUUUGAUCCUUUAAAUACUCAUUUCAAGAGGCUGACAGAAAACGAUGACUUUGAACAUUUAGCUAAGGACAGAUUGAAGUCAGAGGAGGUGAAUGAAACAACAAAUUUGGUUAAACCCCCUGCUCUCCUUCUAAAAACAAAUAAUCAAGAGCUCUCAGGUGCUUUGGGUGGCUUAAUGGUGUCGGAUACAAAUUACCCAAUUGAUUUUGGACAAACUGCUUCAGCAAGUACUGUAGAGACAUCUAAGGAAACUGCUGCUAACACACCUCAAGUUUCAGGAAGAGAUUUUAAUUAUAUUUGCUCUAGUUCUAACCAGCCUGGCCUCACUGCUUAUGGGGCGCUUGGCAUCCUAGAAUUUGAUCUUGAUUCAUCCGAAAACUCCUUACCUGAAAAUUCCAGUUUAGAGUUUUCUGAACUGAAUACACUUGCAUGCCCUUAUCCUGCACUGUCACCCCGCUUCAAUAACGAAGACAGUGCUGAUGACACAACUCUUGAAGGCCACUCAAAGAACAAACAAAAUGCCAAAUCCGAUGUCACACAGCCAACAGUAUCAGAAGCAGACACUGUUGACCUUCCUCCUAGUAUCUCCUUUGAAAUUUCAAAGAGGGUGUCUGUGAGUCCUGAAACAUCAGAGUGGCCAGAAAUGGUAGAGUUAGCUAAAGAUUUUGAGUAUGUGACCGUCCAUGGGGAUCCUAUGCAACUCUGUAGAGACACCGUGGAAACAUCAACUUUGCCAUUUGAUUCCUUGGGUGGAGAUCAAGACCACCAGUCUAUUGAGCACCAUCUUUCUCCACAGGCCUACAUCAUUCAAAGUACUAUAAUACAUUCCAAUGAAGAAUUUUGGAGAUCAGAUGCCUCACUCAUUCAAAAUGUGGUGGUAAGUGGAAAGUCCCUAGUUGAAGCCACUGAGUCUUCAGUAUUCCAUGUUCAUUCAGAGCAGAGUUCCCUAGUAUCAAUUGCUCUGCCAGUGAAGAACGGAGGGAAAAGGGAUGCAGUUAUGGAGGCCAUGCUUCAAAACGAAUCAGGAAAUUAUCUCUUAGAGGUUGUCAGUAGUAAAGAUGUCUGUCCUGAAAUUGGAGACUUUGUUCCUGAGAACCUAAUUGACGGUCCUCCUUUUUCAGUAUUCUUAAAAUCCAUGUCUAAAGACAUGCGGGAAGACAAACAGAAAGUCAGUGAAUUGUCAACCAGUCUAUUUACAAAAGAUUACAUGGUAAGUCAACUUAGCACCAUAAGUGGAGAGGAAGAAAUAGCACAUUGUAAUAGACCGGCAGUUCUUGUAGAUCUCCAUCCCACCACUGGAAUUAUAACAGGGACAGGGGUGGAUACAUCAGAUCCAAACUCACCUGAUAGAGUGCUUCUUUACAGCCUGUACAAGAGUGCAGACUCAGAACAGUAUCUUACUUGUGUAUCUCAACAGGAUUUCCAAGUGUCCCCUAGUUUAGAGCUCACACAGGAAGUGAAACCAAGACAUUAUCUGUCUGAGGAAGACACUUCAGAAUUUGAAUCCUUGCCAAACCAUAUUCCUAAUGUUGUGUCACAAGAUGACACAUCUGUAAAAGGUUUACCAGAAAUGGGUUGUAGGCAAGAUCAGGUCAUAGCACAGAAGAUUAUUUCUUCUCCAGAAGCCUUGGCAAAACAACAAUCUCCUCUGGAUGUUCUACCAAAUAAUUGCCUAUUGGACCUCCUUCCAGAAACUCACACCUUUACACCAAAGCCAGCCUCUUUACACAAUACUUCAUCUGAGAACAUGAUUAAGUCAGAUUUUGAUGAAGCAAUACUACAGUGCAACCCUUCAGGGGAAAUUGUUGAGAAAUGUGACUUUCCCACAGAUAUGUCGCCAAUUGUUACCUCAGAAAUUAUAGCAGAACUUGAGGCUCCGCUGUUAGAUACAAACACAUGUCUGGUACAUGAGUGUAAAACCUGCCCACAUGAUGGAUCCAUUGAUUUAGAAUGUUUUGGGAAUGUAUCAGAGGACAACUUGCAUUUAGUCCAGUUGACCAAUUCUAAUUGCUCAUCAGGACAAACCUCCAGUAUCACUCAGGACUUUGUCAUAACUUAUUCUGACCUGAAAAAAAUCUUUCUACCCCAGCCAACUGAAACGCACCUUCUUCGUACUAGCAAAGGUUCUGUUGCAAACCCCGAAUCUGCAGAAACCCACAAUGAACUGGAACCAAAUCCUAAACCAGCAGAGAUUCUAGAUUUUAAUACUGAUGUGUGGACAACUCCAGAUGUUCAACAUUCUGUGACACUGGUCUCAUUUCCAGUGCACUGGCCCCCUUUACCCCAGCCAUCAGUCCCUUUUCCCUUCGACCAGUCAACAAUGGUUUCAAGGCAUGAUCAUAAUCUUAACUUUACAACAUCUUUGUUCGACCUUUCACCUGUAGCUUCUUCAACACCAGAUGUAGCAGUAGACACUAAUGUGCUGCCCCAGCUAUUCCCCUUCCCCACAAUUCCCCCUACCUCAAUGGAGUCAUUGCCAUGUCCAGAAUCUGCUGCUCCUUUUCCUGCUGUGCAGCCUGUGAAUUCUACAGCAUACAAUCUUUUUCUCCAGGAUAGAACACAGACAUCUGGUCAUCAGAGCAGUCCACACCCAGUGAAGCCAUUGACACCUCCUGAUGAGAAAAGAUCAGAGGGUCGCUCCGUACUUGAGAAGCUUAAAUCCACCAUCCACUCAGGACGAACAGGCCAGGAUGCUGACAAGAAGCCACUAGUGGAAGGAGGAGGCUCGUACUAUCACCUGAACCACAGCGAGCUGGUGAGUUUGCUGAUCCAGCGGGAUACUGAGCUCAGGCAGGAGCGGGAGGAGUACGAGAAGCGAGGGGCACUGCUGGAGAAGCGCGAGACCGAGCUAAAGAAGAUGAAGGUUCUGAUCAGAGAUCUAGAGGAUUACAUCGACACGCUUCUUGUACGCAUCAUGGAGCAGACCCCAACUCUGCUGCAGGUUCGCUCCAAGAUGAAAUGAUACAACAAACGACUCCACUAUCCCUCCACUUAUCCUGGAUGGAUGUCACAACCCUGCACCGCUACAGCAACCAUAUAAAUGUAGAGAGCUAUCUGGCGCUAGGUGAUGGGUCUGGAGGAGAGGGUAUAGAUUUGGUGUUUUUAACUGUGUCCAAAAAUACCUGAGUCUCUACUGGGGUACGUAUGCAUUGCAGGUUUGCAUUGAUAGUUAAAGGUCGGCACUCUGCUGCUAAACUUUAAAGCUGGUAAGCUCCAUUUUGACAUAUGUCAGCUGAUAUUCAUUCACUAGACAUGUCUCUAAGAAACAUGCCAGUCCAGCUAUGUACCAAAACCACCUGUCAAUCGAAAGGACGGCAUGACUGUGACAUCCCAGUCUUCUAGUGCUAGUGUGAAUGGUUUUUAAUGCACGAAGAAAAACAUUGAUUUAUCUUUUGUUUGUUCUAUUAUGUUUUAACAUGUAAUGCUCAGCUGCUGGAACAGAGAACAAAAGAAUGAUUUUGAGAUCACUUGAAAGUAUACAAGAGAGAGAAAGCUUUAGUCGUAGAAAACAGGAAAGUGAUAAAAAUCAGGCAGUUUCAAAUCAGCUUGUGCCUCCCUACAUGUCUUCCGCACUUUACUUAAGAGCUUAAGGGUAGAGGCUCACACCAACUGACCUUCUAGCUUCGGUUUGUAGGUCAGUGUCCUUCUUCUCCCUUCCUUUGCUUGAGCCAAUGCACAUACAUCGCUGCCAGUGCUUUCAGGUGUAAUGAAUAGGAUCUAUACUGUGUUCAUUGCAUAUAUGCCACUCUGACAAAAUGCCAGAUGCUGCCUUAUCAUACAGUAUUUUCUCCAUUCUGUUCUCGCUGGACUCACCACUUUUUAUUAGAUUAUAUUACAAAAGUUAUGGCGGAGGAGUGUUUCAAGUUCAACUUUCCCAAGACUGUUAGGCAUCGAAAUGAACAAAUGGAUGUGAACAGAGAACAAGAGCCAUGGAAACAGCAAAUGCCAGAAAUGAUUUGCUCUAAAUUCACGUUACAGUGUUCUCAAUACCACAACAGCUCUGUUAAUGUUACUGUAAUGUACUUCUGGUGUUUCUAAGAUGUCGCCACUAUCAGUGUUGCCACUGUCUGUGUACACUGUCGCACUAUAUGUAGAUGUGUAAUAGAGGCGUAGGCCGCAGCACUUUUAAACCUCGCACGAGGCAUUUACAACAGUUCUUUCUCAACAGCUUAGGAAGUGCACGUAGUCAAACACAAAUGUUCACCGCACAGACUAAUCAUCUUUUAAACACAGGAUAUUCAUGUUGUUUCACUGCUAGUCCCUGCUAGAAAGUUCAAUAUCUAUCAAUAAUAUUUCUGAGAAGAAGCACUUAAGGACGUGUGUGCACUGAAGGUUUGUCUGUUAGACAUUUGUUGGUGGAUUAAUGAAUGUUCUUUUUUUUUUUUUUAAGGCUUAACGUAAAAGUUUACAGUUUUUCAAGAAUGUUACAUUUUAAUCAUGCAAAUAUCUAUUUAUGUUUUUUAUUAUAUUUUGCUUUGUGGCCAGGUCUUUUCUCACCUUUUCAUUUGGGUGGUCUAAAGGUCUGUACAGUCCUUUAAAUGCUGUUUGUGUUCAUUGUGAUUUCUAAAGGUCAGUAGUAAUAGAAAGCAAUAGAUGUGAAGGCCAGGCUUUUGCUGAAUUUAAGAGAUUCAUACUUUUCUAGGUCUAAACAGAUGGAAUGUACUAUGAAAUGUUUGCUUAGGAUGCCAGUGUGUUAAACAGCAGUGUAUAUAAAUAUUAACCAACAGACACACAGCUUGCAGUCUAGUAAGAAGGUGUGUUCAAGUGCCCUUGGCUGAAUGUUCUCAUGAAAUGUCAUGAGAUGUGUGUGCAGAAGAAGAUUUGUAUGCUUUUAAUGGUGAAGAUGAUAAUCAAAGCUACAUUUGUGUGUAGUACAAACUCUGGAACUUGCAAAUAAAAACUUGUGUUUACUAUA